GAGGAGAGAGUGGAUCAGCACGUAAUCUGUUUCACGUUCGUAGAUCUCUCUCUGCAGCAGCUUCAGCUUCCGCUUCAACUUGUUCGAGUGCAGUUCAUAAUGUGGAGGUUCAAGCCUUUUAUGCACAAGGAGCCAGCUGGCCUCGAAGGCCGCUCCCUUGACGUUGGAACUCUCAAGAUUCAUGUUAGGAAUGUCAUUGCCGAAGGAGGCUUCUCUUGCGUGUACUUAGCUCGGGACCUUGUCCAUACCUCCAAGCAGUAUGCUUUGAAGCACAUCAUUUGUAAUGAUGAAGAGUUGCUCGACUUGGUCAUGAAGGAAAUCAACGUCAUGAAGUUACUCAGAGGCCAUCCCAAUGUGGUCACUCUCUAUGCGCACGCCAUCAUGGAUUUGGGCCGCACAAAGGAGGCCCUCCUUGUCAUGGAAUAUUGUGACAAGUCUCUGGUUACCGUGCUGGAUAGUAGAGGAGCUGGGUUUUUUGAUGAGAAACAGCUCCUUUUAAUCUUCAGAGAUGUGUGCACUGCAGUUUUUGCAAUGCACACGCUGUCCCCUCCCAUUGCUCAUAGGGAUUUGAAAGCUGAAAAUCUGCUGUUAGGGUCAGAUGGACUAUGGAAAUUGUGUGAUUUUGGAAGCACCUCUACCAACCACAAGCGCUUUGAGAAGCCUGAAGAAAUGGGUAUUGAAGAAGACAAUAUCAGAAAGCACACGACACCUGCCUACAGGGCCCCUGAGAUGUGGGAUCUAUUUCGGAGAGAACUUAUCAACGAGAAGGUAGACAUAUGGGCUCUUGGCUGCCUUCUCUUUCGCAUUUGCUAUUUCAAAAGUGCAUUCGAUGGAGAGUCAAAGCUGCAGAUCUUAAAUGGAAACUAUCGCAUUCCAGAGUUACCUAAAUAUAGCUCGUCGAUUACAGAUCUCAUCAAAGACAUGCUUCAGGCAUCACCAGACAACAGACCAGACAUCACGCAGGUGUGGUUUCGUGUUAAUGAGCUGUUACCAGUUGGUUUACAGAAGUCUUUACCUGAUAUACAGCCUGAAAUGCUUAAUGCUGGAAAACAUGAAGGUUUUUCAAGGCCUGCAAACAAGUCUCCCGAAAUGCCUCGUAGAAGUCCACCCCCACCACCUUCAGUGGGAGAAUCAGCUAGAAAUCCAUCACAACCGUCAAAUAUGGCCAAGGCGGGAGGUGGAGGGCCACUUGGUGCUUUCUGGUCCACUCAGCACGCUGAGGAUUCACUUGUUGCUGAAGAAAAGACUUUACCUAAGUUUGAUGAUUCUAAUCAUCCUUCACCCAAGAAUAGUGCCCGUGCAAAAGUGGCAGAUACUCCAACCUAUGCUGCACGAAGAAACUCACAUGGAAAGUCGCACAAGCUUCAAGAUGGAUCUCCAAAGGACAUUGAAAUAAAUUUCUUCAAGAAGGAUGCCGACCGUGGUGCUGAGAGGCCAAAGGCAUCCAAGCCUGAGAGUGCAGCUGGUUUUCAAGAUGAUGCAUUUAGCUCAUUUGUUGCUGAAUUUGAUACUAAUAAAAUCAGUGUGGGAGCUAGUAAUAGCAAAUCAGGAAAAGAAGAAGCAUUGGAGACUGAAGUAGAGAGAUUGAAGGAGCAGCUGAACCAAGCCAACUUAGAAAAGGCUGAAAUAACUUCAAAAUUUGAAAAGCUAUCAGCCAUCUGCCGAUCACAAAGGCAAGAGUUGCAGGAGCUUAAGCAGACGCUUGCUGCUAGAACACCGUCACCGAAUAAAGAUGCUAUGAGAAAUCAAAUGUCACCUGGCAUUCAGUCAUCUGCAACCCCACCGCAGAGGGAGAAGAUAGAAGGACCCAUUUAUGAACUCCAGCAGGAUAAGUCUGACCGGAAAACUCCAAGUCCAGAAACAAAGUCAUGGCAGCCGUUUGCAGAACCACUACAACCUUCUUCAACAGACAACAGUGUCAAAUCUGUCAGGACAAGAAAUGGUCACCAGAACAAGCAAGCUACGACUCAAGUAAAUUCUGGUUUUGACUCGUGGGGUUUUGGAACAGAGAGCUUUUCUGCUGCACCCACUGGAAGCACUCAGAUACCAAGACCUAUGGGUGAAGGAAAUAUUUCUCAGCGUUUUGGUGACACAAAGGCUAUGGAGAGCAAGCCAGCUUCCCAACCUGCUGGAUGGGCUGGUUUCUAAUAGAGCCAUCUGGAAUGCUUGCUAUGAGGAGGUAGGUAUUUGAUGACAACCCCGACAUUGUUGUUGGCAACAUUGCCGAGGUAAGUGAGAGUGGAAAGUCAGAGAUCAUGCCUUUGAUUUGAAUUUGGUUUGUGCUUUUGAGUGCCCGUGUUUUAUAGAAUUUGUUCUGCCUCUUCUGUGGUGGAACAUGUACACAUGUUUCUCCGGACCAAGUGACAGACUUCAAAUGUAUACUUUGUUGCAUAUGUGAAUUGUUGGCUAAGAAAAAUAAUCUGUGUUUUAU